AUGGAACUUAAAAAUGAUUACAGUUACAUAAUAUACAGAAAAAAUGAUGUUACUUAUAUUAACAAAAAACACUUUUAUUGGGACCGGAUCCAAGGACACAAUUCAAUGAUAGUUAAAUUAUAUUUAGUUAACCUUAAGUUAUAUUACCUUGUUAUUUGGACAUCCAAACAAUAUGGUCAAACAAUAAUUACUGAAGUAGAAAAGGAUCCUGACUGGUUUGUUAAUCUCGAGAUAUUAGAAAAAUGUUUUAUUAAGAAGUACAUACCCUUUGUUAUUGAAGAAUACAUAGCCAUAUCAUAA